GCUGACUUCACUUUAUAAAUGUUCGAUCUCUUGUAACUACGUCGAGGCUAGAGCUUUUUGGGAUAACACUUUUCGGUAAUUAUUAUUUUACUCGUUGCUUACAGUGUGAUUUAGAAAAAAAAUAUUAUUAUUCUAGUCAGAGACAUGGCUUUGAGCGUGGCAUUACCUAUAGUUGACUUGGAGACUGAGAAUUUUAAUUCAUUCAGCUCAUUCGGGCAUAUCAUAGACAUAGCGGGCCUUUCUCAAUCCCAGUCAAGCCCGAGUCCAUCAAUCUCCAGUGAAUCUAGCGGUAUCGGCUCUCUGGGAUCGCUUAAAUCAGAGUCUGUGAACAGUGACUCCUUGCCGUCUAGUCCUCAGACGACAGAGAAGAAAAUCUUUGACCCUGUUGUGCAGCCACAGCCUCGCCCCAAGGAAAACAUUGAAGAUGUUAAAAUUAAUUAUGGGGGCCGUGAUCUUCUCAAUUUGAUGUCUAAUCUCACUGAUUCGAGGUGGAGCUACCGUGCUACGGUGCUGCCACCAAACAAUCCAGCGCUGUUCUUUGCCAACCGUUCACAGUAUCAUCGACUUGGGCCAUAUGCGACUCGCACACAGUAUGUAAAAGACACUUGCCGUGACUGCGGCUUCACAUGGGUGGUAGCUGCCACAGAUUGACGUGACAAUGCAUUAAUGUAAACAUUGAAUAAACUAAGGUUGAGUGGGUACGACUGGGACACAUCAGGGUGCAUAUCAACUUCUCUGUCACAUAAUGGUGGCCAUGAUGCCAUUGUUAAACAUAAGCCAAUAACAAGUUUUAACUGUUUAUGCAUUAUUGACGACUUGUCUUUACGAAGGGCAAAGACAUUGUUAUUAAUUAUAUUAAUUUUUACUUGUUUUAUAUUUUAAUUAUUUAUUAUAACUAAUGAAAUGUAUUACUUGAUAUAAUUUGAGCAAUACCUAUAAAGUUCCUUGAGUGCUGAUGUUGUUGGCUUUGUGACAAUUUCCUAUUUAUUAUGUAGAUGUGUAUAUGUCUCCCUUUUGUGGCCCAGUCCUUUAGAUGACUGUGGAAUAUUUAUAUGGUUAUCGUCACGCGCAUUCGUAGAGUUAAAUUUUAAACGUGACUUAAUACUGUGAUCUUAAUUUAAACAAAGCAAUUUUUGACAAAUUCUGUGAAUUGGACGCGCGACGAUACAUUACUUUCGUUUUUAUUUUAACUUAUUUGUUUGUGUGAUAUUGUUAGGCUUAAUUAAUGCUAUGAACUUGCAUUGCCAUAAGAUUUGCAGACUUAUUCCAAAUGAGCAUUUCUGGGUCCUUCUCUAAAAAAGUUCACACUGAUAAUAAUUCGAAUCAAAAUUACUCUGAAUUCACACUUAGACCUCUUAUAGUAAAAACAUAUUUAAAAUUAACUUAUAUUAUGCUAUAAUUAGUUCCUCUUAGAAAUGUUAAUAAUUUGAUAUCCAAAGAAUCUUAAUUGUUUAAUGUGCAUAUUAUAUUAACUAUAAAUAAUAAUAUAAUAAAUAAUAAUUGUGGACCAGCACAAUUUAUAUUGAUUAGUAUAAAAUACAAUAAUUAGAGUGAGAUCGACCAGUGGAUUGUAAUAUGUCCAUUUACUCUUAAAGCAAUAUUUAAAUUAUGGACAUUUAUCAUAAUGAGUUAUACACUUCCCACCAUUACAUGUAAUAGUUAUUAUUUAAAUAUUGUUUUAUUAUUAUUAUUAUUAUUCUUUAGUCUUUAGAAAUAAUGUUUUAGAUAUAUUCCACAGUCAUUCAAUCAAUUGGAUCGUCAUUGUUUUAACCAAAAGGCUGCUUCUCGGAUGUUAUUAAAGUUUACGAUUAUAACGAGAUAGGCACGAAUUUAAAGCCAAGCUAUAGGUUAAUUUUAAGAUUUAAUUAUUGUUGGAUUUACCGUCCGAGCAUUACAUAAUAAUAGUGUUGACCAUAUAAUUUAGAUUAUACAUUCUUGACACAAUACCCUAUAAUCAAAUACCUAUCGAAUUGAUGAGAUAGCUUGAACUCAUUUAAUAUUAUAACGAGCCCAUGCGGAACAUAGUCAAAAUGGGUUAUCAGUGCAUAUCAUCACAAAUUAAUGCAGAGGUUAGAUAUUCUAAGGUAUUAGUAGUUGUUACAGACCGUUUAAAAACGUUUGAGUCAUUGAUAUGCCCAGAUGCUGGGUUCUCUAGUGAAAUUAUUGUAAGUGUCAUUGACAGACUGGCAAUAUCUCUAUGUAUGUGCAUAUAUAAAAUGUAAUAUUCGUGGUCUCUUAAUUUAGUCAAGAUAUUUAAUAGUGUGAGUCUCUUCGAUUACAAUGUAAGUAAUGUAUAACAUACUAACUAUAACGAUUAAUAAUUGAUACUGUCCUUUUGUGCAACUUUAGUUCUGCUACGUUGUGAUCAGCUUUAAAUUGGAACUGGAGUAUUUCUACACAAUAAUGUUGACAUAUUUCCCACAAAGUUAUUUUUAUAAAAAAAAAAAAUGUUGAUAUGAGACAAUACAGUACGUAGUUUUUCAAAAUUUUCUUUAUAAUAUACGGAGUUCGCUUAAAAGGUUUGGCAAAUGUUUUGGAAGGGACCAACAUCCAUGCAAUGAUUUAAGUAUAUUAUUGAAUUGUUUUAUUUGUUUAUCGUAGUAGCCAAAUUUUAUAUCAGAGCAGUUGUUAUCGCGAUCAAAAUUGUUUUAGGUAUUGCAUUUUCAUAUCAACUGCUUUAGUCAUCGUAACACGCUUAUUCCGUUGUCUGUUAUCAAUUGACAGGGGCUAUGAACACAACCCAUUACGAUUUAGUUAAAACGUUUAUAUACAUAAUCAAUUUAUAUUUGUAUAUUUAUGAUUCAGUGUGUAAUUACUGAACAUAUAGCAUGGAUCUCAGAAUGCAGCUAACAAUAACAUUCGUCUAAAAGAUGCCUCCAACAUAAUCUUGGUGGCGAAUAGGUAUAUAGUAUUUAACAGGUAUCAUUGAUGCUUAAUGUGCUAUAUCCUCAGUCACAUACUCACAAAUGGUUGUUAUUGGUUUUAAAAUCAAAUGUUGCAUUCAAUUAUUUUUAGUUUGUAAUAUUUUAAAAAGCUGCAAUCGAAUGUAGUUCAAAGGAAAGUAUUUGGAGCGAUACGCACAGAUAUAGUUUAGCUCUUGUUGUGAAUGUCUCCUAUAAGUUUAGUAUCGAUUCCCUGUUGGCCCUUGCGAGCGGCGGCCGAGUCUAGUGGCCGACCGCCUUCUCUUUGUCCAACUAAAGAGGUCGAGGUGCGAUGCAAUAUUUGCAUUCCAAUUUUGUGUUAAUUUAGCAGCAGAGGGUAGUAGUUGUUAAUUUUUAUUUAAUCCGCAUUGCCAAAUAUUUUGGUUGUUGUGCUAUUUAUUUAACAAAAAAUUUCUAAAAAUAUCAAUUUAGUACCUUCCAUUGAUAAGUGUCUUCAAAUAAUUUUAUAAUGUUUUAAUCAUUUCAAUUUUAUGCAUUUUAUUUUAAUUAGUCAAAUCAUAUACUUGAUAUUAUACAUAAUAAUAAUAAUACGUUAUAUUAUAUAUAUUGUUCAUUCAUAUUAUAUUUGAAUAUUUUUUUCUCAUUGAACUGUAGUCAAAUGACAGUAUUUUUAUAAUGAAAAUGUAUAAGGAUGAAGGGUUUUUUGGCUAGACGAUGCGACCGCCAAAGCCCUCUUACCCGCUGAUGCCACCCCGUGGCGCUGUGCCGGCAACUGCGGCAGAGGCGGCUGCUCGUCCAGCGUGUAUUAUAUCUGAUAAGCAUUAUGUAGGUUUAGCGAAAUAGAAUUAACUCGGAGAUGAACUCCAAGUACCAAAACUUAUUGGUUCAAUGUUGUUCUCGUAUUAUGGUGAUAUAGUGCACCGCGCGCGGUGCAGAGCUCAAUAUUUUUAGUAACCCUUAAGAAAAUUAAUACCUCUUUUGAAAAGAAUAUAAUAUAUAUAUAUUAUAUAGUAUAUCCAAUCGAUAAUCACAUAUGUAUUUCCCCGUUUAUUUUGAUGUGAUAUCAUAAAUGACUGAUCUGAAUUUAGUUUUUAAGUUGGUUAUUGAUAUGCAGUGCUAUUUCGAGAGUGUAAUUAAGAUUUAAUAUUGAAAGUGCCAAUGCUCGUAAUUUAAUCUAUAUGAUGACUGUUCCUCUAUGUUUCUAGCUAUUUGUGAGAACUAGGCCCAACCCUCUGGGCCUAGAUCGUUACUACACCUUCAUAAAUUUCAGUAUAAGCCUCUUGUAAGACUAAGUUAAUGACUAUAAUGAAAUCACGUAACGUGCACAAUCUCAAUAAUGCUUGCAAUAUUAUGUAUUUAAAUCCUCACUUAUAAUUUAAUCCAGCGUAAUGUUAAGAGUACAAUAUGAGAUGAUGUUAUAUCAUUCUAGUAUCAAAAUUAGCCGAAGAUGUUUAAUAUUAUUAUUAGUUAGGUAAAAUUUUAACAUAGCUUCGUAUAAUUGGGAUGUUUUAGUAUUUGGUAGUGUAUAAUUACGGCGUAGUGGCAAGCAAAAUGUCUCGUGAAUGAAGUAAUGUUUUGUGGCAAUAAUACUCGAUGUAAGUUCCCUGCCAAGAGAGUGUACAGGGUCGCGUGCCGGCUGCGCUCGCGCCCCCUAACGGGCUCGUGUAUACACAACUGAACUAUAGACACUAGAACUUUAUUUGUUGUAAUUAUAAUAAUAGCCGUAGGUAUUUUAUCGUACUUAAAUAAAUAAUUAUUCUUGCGAUGCCUUAAUUCUGGUUGUCAAUUAGACAUGUCUGCCUAGAGUGUUAUCAUUGUUUUUAUUUAUUUUAAUUUUUUGCUGUUCCGGCUUCCUCCGUGAACUUCCAGUCCAGGCUGUUCUUCGUAAAAUGAUUUUGAGGUCGAUUUAUUUUUACCUAAGUGUUCUUAUUAAAUGUUACCAAAAUGUUUUUAAUAAAAUAUUUUUAUAUGUA